GAUGUAUGCAUCCGGUGAAACAUCUGUGUCUUUACUCCGUCUGCGCUCCUGCCUUUGGUCAACAACACAAGCUGCACAGAGAAGCAAAAUGGCCGAUAGCAAACGAACCGAUCUCACGGCGCUCUACAGCCAACAAGAGGUUAUGCAUGUUUAGUUUACAGCUAAAAACUACAUUCGUACGAAAGGAUAUACGUUUACCGGAUUUCACUAUUAACAAUUGGCAAUGUUAUUUCUUAUUCUGUUAACGUUAAAGCUCGAACAACAGGACUACUAAGCUAAUCAGCAAGCGUUAACGUUAUUGUAGCUAGCUGGUCUGCAAGAAUUUUGCACAGAAGCACUUUAUGUUUUUGAUUCCUGAGAUAGGAGAAUCAGGAAAGGGAACAGCAGUUCAUGGAAGACAAGAAAAAGAAGAAAGAGGAUAAAAAGAAAAGGGAAUCUUUCCAGAAGGUGACAGAACAGAAAGUCAAAGUGCCAGAAUCAGCCAAGCCCUCCUCGCAGCCACUAGCCACUCCUGGCUCGGUGUCUUCCAGCCCUGGCCCAGCUCCUCCAUUGUCCCCCUGCCCUACAGCUGGGGUUGCGGUUCCUCCGGGUGGAAACAAUGCAAAGCGGGCAGCUGUGGCCAACGGACAGCCCCCCGCCGGAACUCCGCCCACUCAGCGUUACAUGCCCAGGGAGGUGCCCCCACGAUUCCGCUGCCAGCAGGACCACAAAGUGCUUCUGAGGAGGGGCCAGCCACCACUGUCCUGCAUGCUGCUGGGGGGAAGCAGCGGUAGGGGAGACCCCCCCCCCUUCUCGCAGGGAGAUGCCCCCAAUGCAACGUCUGGAGCCGCAGAUCCCACUCUGGGUUCACCUUCUCCUUCACCCCCUCACUCCUCACCAUCAUUUUCAGUCACUGCUUCUACUCCAACUUAUGCAAAUUCCACACGGGGGGUGGGCUCUGGCAGCCAGCCCCCCUCUCAGGGCUGGGAGAAGGUGAUAGUAGAUGGGAGUGACCUCGAGGAGUGGCCCAGCAUUGUGAGCCGGGCCAGAGUGGUUACUGAGGGAGGAGAGCUGGACGGUUCCAACAACAGCAGUGCCUCGUGGGUUGACAAAUGCACCCAGCAGCAGCCGAGGGACGGAGGAACUGGAGCGGAGGUUGGGAGUUUAGGCAGUUCCUCCUCGCCCCGCUCCUCCCCGUCAUCUGAAUGUGUCCAGCCAGAUGGUGCGUGGGGCCCUUCCAGUCACCUUGGAAUGGGGGGGGCGGCAGCAGUGACCGCCGAGGGGCCAGUGCUCUACAAUUCCAAAGUCCCCCCCCUUCCUGGGGCCCAGGAGAGCUCUCUUGGUGUCCACAGUGGGAUUCCUGGUGCCAACCUCAACCCUAAAGCCAAUUCAUCGGCCUGGCCUGCCCUCGUUCAAGAUGGGAUGACGGGGGUUAGUGCAGCUACCACCGAAGGUUCACCCUCAUCCAUCAUGACCUCCUCCUCUGACAGUACCGCCCACACACAAACACUUUCAUCUGUGAGUCAAGCUAGCCAUCAGCACCAACUGCAUGAAAUGCCUGCCAGAGACGAUCAUCUCCACGGGGCCUGGAGGGGCGUGGGGCCGGAGCUCGGAGCUGGACCAAAUCAAGGAGGCGCAGACCUUGUGGACAAUGGGGUUGUUGGAGGAAGCGGGAAUUUCUCUUCCUCUUCGUCCUCCUCCACAACCUCUUCCUCUUCACUGCGAGCCUUGCCUCCACUCUCUUCUAACCUCAACACAGGUGCCUCUAAGACAGACCAGUGGGACAGAGCUGGGGGAGAUCCGGCACAGAAGGCCAGUGUCUGGGGCUUUGACAGCCGAGGCGAGAAAGCAGAGUCGGCUGGCGAUAAGGCGUGGGUCACGGGAAAUGAGGGUAGCUCAAAUACCCCAGCGGUAUCUCAGGGAGCAUGGGACGGGGGCGCAGAAGAUGGUUGGGGCGGCGCACGGCAGGUGACUGGUAUCAGGGGUUCCGGCAGUCCAACAGUGGGGAGUAGCGGCGGAGGAGGGGGCAGCGGAGGCGGGGCCAUAUCCCGGGACUCGGCAUCGCCAACACCUGCGGGAAUGACAAGGGCUCGGGACAGUCAGACAGGGGUUGAUGCCGGCGAUGGUGCGGUUGGGCAGUGGGCGGGUCAAGGGGGCGGCGGAGGCCCCGGAGCUGGGAGUCACAAUCUGCACCAGGAGCAUAACCGCCACCGCCCUGGUGGCCAACCCCCAGACCCCGAAGUGGCCUUGCAGAACAUGCUCAGCCGGUCGGACCUGGACCCCAGGGUGCUGUCCAACACCGGGUGGGGGCAGACCCAAGUACGACAAAAUGUGGCCUGGGACCUGGAUACCGAAGCGGCCGGCCGAACUGAGGGGAUCCCUUCCUCUGCGUUUCCGUCGGCAGCCGUGAACACUACUGGUCGGGCUUCUCCUUACCGCGGCAGCGCAAUGCCUGCCGAUGCGUCUGCCGGCGACCACGUGCCCGCUAUGAACGUGGUAUCUUGCCCUGCCCCUUCUAGGAGCGGCUGGGAUGACGAACAGGCCACGCGCCGUCGUCGUCCCACGCAAGGAGUCCUGUUGCCACUGGAACGCCGGGGGGGGGGUCGUGAAGGCAACCAUGGAAAGGCAGGCGGAGGCUGGGGCGACCUUGGCACUCCAGAGGUCAAAGGCUGGGUCAGUGAUGAGCAGGAGUGGAGAGACCGCAGAGGGACCGGAGGAAGUAACUGGAGGGAUUUCGGAGAACAGGGUGGGGGACGAGGGAGCGGCUGGUUGGGUGAUCAGGAGGAGAAAGGGACUCCGGGGGGCUGGAAAGAGAUGGGUAGGGAGGGGGGCGGAUGGGGGCAAAGGAGCGGAGCGGUUGGCGAAUGGGGGCAGCGAGAACCUAAGCAAGUCAGUGGAGGCUGGGGGGAAGGGAGGGGCAGAGGUGGAGGCGGCACGGAAGAGGGGUCUUGGGGUAACGUGGACGAGGGAGGCCCACAGAGGAGUUGGGGAAGUGGAGGAGGUGACGUGGCCGGCAAGCCGCACCAAAACUGGGGCAUGAAGCCACAUUCAGCACAGAUACCAAACAGUCACGCGGCAACACUGAAACCCCCAAAUCAACAGCAGCACCAAUUACAGAACCCACCAGGGGGCUUAGGGAGGUCGGGAGGUCCUCCCUCCCUGAAUCCGAACCAAAGCGCAGGCUGGACCGCUGGACCCAUUCCUCAGAUCCCCAUUGGACCUGCCGAGGUCCCCGAGCCUAGCGGCUGGGAGGAGCCCUCCCCUCAGUCCAUCAGCCGCAAGAUGGAGAUUGAUGAUGGCACUUCGGCUUGGGGCGAUCCCACCCGCUACAACAGCAAGAAUGUGAACUUGUGGGAUAAGAACAGUGCACCAUCUGGUCAGCCGCAUGCACAUCAAGCUCCAGCGGGUCCACCGACGUCCCUGCAACAGCCACCUUCAAGAAGGCAGCCUGGGAUCCCGGCCAACCGGGAGUCAAACCCCAGCAAUGUGCCUGGAAUGGGUCCAGGAAUGUGGGGAGGGGCUGGCAACCUGGCUGGACAAUCUGUGGAUAAUGGCACCGCUUCCUGGGGCCAGGCUUCUGACACGCCGGCUGGCUGGGGAGAACCCGAUGAUCCAGGCAAACCUGCUGGUUGGGGAAACCCCACUUCAAAUUCUGGCUCUAAGGCAGUGCAAGAGGGCUGGGGAAAAGGCGAGGGCCCAGUUGCUGCAUCUCGGCAUGCCAGCUGGGAUGAGGAGGAUGAUGGCGGCGCCGUUUGGAACAACACCGGCUCCCAGGGCAGCCGCAACUCUUACAACUGUGGUGGUUGGGGGCAAGGCGCUGGGGGGAAGCGUGGCAACACCAAGGCCGGUGGUGGAGACAACUGGAUGAACCCUCUGACUAGACAGUUCCAAAACAUUGGACUCAUGGGCGAGGACUCGAGUGUUGAUAAAAAGUUGGAGGGAGAUAAGAGAGGAAUAAAUGAUUACAACGGUGAGAUGCGACGAGGAGGAGGAGGAGGAAGAGGAGGAGGAGGUGGCUACCGCAUGUCCAGUUCCAAAGACAUGGGGCCUUUUAGUGAUAAGAUGAGCGGUCACGGUGUGUUUGGUGGCGGCGGUGGGAUGUCUCAGCCGCGGGGGAUGCACCAGCCAGGGAUGCACCAGCCAGGAAUGCACCCUGUGAACCAAGCCCAAGGUUUUCGCUCGCAAGUGCCUCAUCAGUUCUUGUCUGCCCAGGUGCCGGGCCCCAUGCUAAAGCAGAUGCCCUCUCCUGGCAGCGGUGUGGGAGGCGUUGGAGGAGUGGGAGGCGUUGGAGGAGUGGGAGGCGUUGGAGGAGUGGGAGGAGUGUUCCCACCUCAGCUCUCCCCACAGCAACUUGCAGUGCUUAGUAACAUUUACCCCCAUGUGCAGCAGUUCCACCUGGCCUGUCAGCUCCUUCUUCAGCAGCAGCAGCAGCAACAACAGCAGCAGCAGCAGCUCCUGCAGAACCAGAGGAAGUUACCCCAGCCUAUACGCCAGCAGCCAGAUCCACAGCAGCUGGCAAGAAUCGUGGCUAUUCUGCAACAACAAAGGCAGCAGCAAUCUGGAGGUGGAGGCAGCUCCAAACUGUCCCCGUCUCAUCUCGGGGGGCCACCAAAACAGGCGAUGGCAGAGUCAAUGCCCCACCCAGGUAUGGGAGGACCCUUGUCAGAGCUUCAUGCCAAAACACAGGGGAUGUAUUCUGGGCUUGCCCCCGGAGGUAACCUGUCUGGGCUGGAGUUGGGCUCCAUGCUGGGCGGAUUGAAGGAUGGAGGACAGCAGUCCCGCUUCAAAUGGAUGAUGGAGGGUCACUCUCCAGACACCUCACCCCCAGAUACAGCCCAUCACAAGAAUGGUGGUCCUUCAUCCAUGCCAGUGAAAGUUGGAGGGGGCUCCCCAUAUUCCCAGUAUGAGUUACUUGGGGUUGAUGGUUUAGGAAUGCCCCCUCAAGGCCCCGCGGACAACUGGCACCGGACCCCUGGAAGCAAGAUGGGCACCAAGACUGGGACAUCCAGCUGGCCACCUGAGUUCCAGCCCGGAGUGCCCUGGAAAGGAAUCCAGAGUGCUGACCCUGAGUCUGACCCCUACAUGACCCCGGGCAGUGUCCUGGGUUCCCCCGGUCCCCCCAGCCUCAGCGACUCUGAUCACCAGUUACUACAAGACAAUGCCGGGCCAAACCCCUCCCUGAACACCUCGCUGCCUUCACCAGGUGCCUGGCCCUACAGUGCCUCAGACAGUUCCCUCGGCAAUGCACACAGCACAGCAAAGUACUCGGAGUACAAAGCCAGCUGGCCCCCAGAGCCCAUUGGACACAACAAGCCGUGGAAGACCAAUCGCGUCAGCUCCCAGGUGCCACGCCCCCCUCCUGGACUGACCAGUCAGAAACAGGCCACACCAUCCCCAUGGGGGAGUGGAGGGCAGCGGUUGGCGAGGGGCUGGGGAGGGGGUGGGUCCAGUCAGGAUUCAAGAUUCGGCCCAGGCUCAGCGUGGAGUGAUGCUGUGGCCUCCAGAGGCAGCUGUUGGCUGUUUCUCAGCAAUCUCACCCCUCAGAUAGAUGGCUCUACGCUACGGACUAUUUGUAUGCAGCACGGUCCUCUGCUGACAUUCCACCUCGGUCUGACCCAGGGCAGUGCUCUGAUUCGCUACAGUACCCGACAGGAAGCAGCCAAGGCCCAGGGUGCAUUGCACAUGUGUGUUUUGGGCAACACUACAAUCCUGGCAGAGUUUGUGAGCGAGGAGGAAGUGGCUCGCUAUUUUGCACAGUCCCAGGCUGGUGUGGUUGAGGGGGCCAGCCCAGGGGCAGGGGCGGCCCAGGGCUCGUCCGGAACAGGCACAGCGGUGGGUGGCAGCGGAGGGAGCUCCCCGAGAUGUGAACGAGCCGCAGUAGGAGGAGGAACAACUACAGGAGGAAACGGUGCGGGAGGAGGGGUUCUGGGUGGUGUGGGCCCCUCCGGCUGGCAGAACCUGGACGGUACGGGCGGCCCUCUGGAGGCCUCGGCAGCCCAAGGACCUGGGCUUGGUAUUUUCGCUCACUGGAGCACCAACGGGGCUGGGGAUGGAGUACGAGGUGGAAUAGGGGGAGGUGUGGAGGCAGGGAGGUCUGGUCUCUGGGGGGGAGUGACUCCAGCUUACCCCAGCAGCAGCAGCCUGUGGGGUGUACCCCAAAUGGACGACAGGCACCAAAUGAGCAGCCCAGCUGGCCUGUUGCCUGGGGACCUGCUGGGAGGAGGAGGGGCCGACUCUAUCUGACACGCCCUCACACAAGUAUAUAUUUAGACACACUGACACAACAUACACUGGGAAAUGGACACUUGUAGUACUAACAUACAUACAUAUAACCACAUGUAAACACACGCAGAAAUGUGAGACAUGCUUACACACAUUCUCAUGGCCAGACUUAAGCUAUUAUAUAAACAUAUGCAGGGACUGUUAGAUGUGUUUUAAGGCCUUUUUCCACAGAUGAAGAUUUCAACUGCUAGACUUGAACAUGAAAAAUGAAAGUCUGUCGGUCUGAUAGACUGGCUGGAUGGCAUUGUGCUUUUGUGGGUUACUUGAUGACAGACGUACACAUGCACACACCAAAUACAGACAAGCCUUUAGACAGGUGGGCACUGUAACAGCAUUACUCGCGUCAUAUAGGAAAACUUUGUGAUGCGGGACAACCUGCAGUUUCCAUUCGUCCUUUAAGGAGACUGAAUCAAAACACAUGCAAACACUGCUCUGAUUGACAACAGAACUGUAUCUUACUGUGUUUGUUCAUUUAUUCUGUAUUGUUGUUUUAUUUUGAACAGUGGAAUACUGAAAUGUCAUUGUUUAUUUCAAAUGCUGACCUCCUACUGUUGUUUUUUCUCUCUCAAUCACGUUUGUUACUGUUACUAUGAUAAUUGUUGAAACUCUGGCAGUAUGAGUAUGUUGCAUUUCUCCUUUAGUGGGAUGCUGUAUGGAAGACAGUAUGUGAAGGUGUGUAUGAGUGAGAAUGAGACCAAGUGAAUAAACCCGUGUGUUUGUUUGUGUUUGUGUGUGUGUGCGCGCGUGCGCGCCGCGUGUGAAUGUGAGGAUAAUGUAUAUGCGCAUGUUACUGCCUGUCAUGAUUGCGCGAGGCUGCUUACAGAAGGUCUAAAAAGAUGUUUUGAGUGCAUUCGGUGAACUGCUGACUGUAUGUUCAAGAACAUUGGCACUAAAGCUUUGUUUUUUUUUUCUUCUCAUUUUAAGUUGUUUUUUAGCAGACUGUCUUUUUUAUCGUCCGACCUGCAAUAAUAAAAUAACAUUUUAAUGACACAAAGAGCUGAAGGCAUACGCGUUAAGAAAAGGACAUGCCAAAAUCUUAUCAAACUGUGUGGAGUUGGUGGGGGGGGGGGUUGUUUACAAGACGCGGAAAAGUUACCGUACAUUUUUAUGUUUUGUUGUGUAUCGUUUUAAAUUAAGACAGGCUUUAACACUCCUGUUCAGUGUUUCGUUUUGAGAUUUUACAAAGGAGAAUUUAUUUAAACAAAGAGAACAAGAUUAAUAAUAAAGAUGAAAGUAUUGGCUUCUA